AUACUACUAGAAAAAUCUCGUAUAAAUCUGCUUGUUUUCUUGCAUUUCUUUCAUCAAAGCAACUCCAAGAGAAAGAGAGUUACUUUACUUCUCAUUUUUCAUUUUAUAAGUCUCUUGUUGUUCUUCUCAUUGGUGCAAUGGCUGAGAAUGGAGCUUCUUCUGAUGCUCAUUCAAGCAGCACUAGUUCCACUCAUUCAAGCACCACUAGCAGCAAUAUGGACUAUGCCACCAUUGAAUCACGACACAGACAGGUUUUCUUGCGGAUGAUGUCACAACAAGCAUUUAUGUUUCGACUUGCAAGACUCGCCUACAUCACUAGCAGCAAUAUGGACUAUACCACCACUGAAUCACGUCGUAGACAGGUUUAUCUCCAAAGGAUGUCACAAUAUGCAUUUGUUUUUCAACUUGCUAGAGAAGGCUGGUUCGUUCUUUUUCUCUCUUUCAUUUAUUUAUAGAUAUUUCAUUAUAAACACUAUACUGCUAAUGAAAUCUAUAGUCCAGAUGCGAUAAACACUAAUAAUGCUCUAUUUUAUUUUGUCAUGUAAAUAUACCAUAUUGUAGUCGUAAUAAUUCUUAAUACUAAUGACAUUCUAUUUUAUUUUUAUCAUGUCCCACACUUACAUGCGUCUCAAUUCAACUCCAGGCUUGAGGUAAUGAUUAUACUUCCAUAAUUUCUAUCAUUUAUUACACAAAAAUAAUUAUCAUCUAUGUUAACUUCACAUUUU